AAGGUAACUUAGGAUCCAGGCCUUAUUGUUUUAGGGACUUCAAUCUCACAAAACGAGCCUAUAAAAGGAAGAAAUUAAGAGGGAAAAGGAGAGGAGAAAAUGGAGGAAGGGAAGAACAAGAAGCACUUCAUUCUAGUUCAUGGUGCUUGUCAUGGAGCAUGGUGUUGGUACAAGGUGGCCACACUACUAACAUCCACAGGCAACCAAGUCACGGCUUUGGAUCUUGGAGCUUCAGCCACCAAUCCGAAAAAGCUCAAGGACGAGGUAUGCAAGUUUUCUGACUACUCUCAGCCGCUGCUGGACGUCAUGGCCUCUCUUCCUCCACAACAAAAAGUGAUUCUGGUGGGCCACAGCCUUGGAGGUUUAACCCUGGCUCUAGCCAUGGAUAAGUACCCAGAGAAGGUGUCGGCAGCCGUCUUCGUGACGGCACUCAUGCCGGAUUCUUCUAACAGCCCCUCUUUUGUCUUGGAUAAGCAUUAUGAGCAGACAUCGUUGGAUCUUCUCAUGAACUGUAAAUUGGACCUUAAUAAUGGUCAAGGAGAGCCUUCAACGAUCUUAUUCGCCCCAGGUUCUUGUCGCAAAGGUGCUAUCAGCUCUCCCCUCCAGAGGUAAAUAUGUUACGAUAAAUAGUGUCGUGCAAACGGUGCAUGUGAACUUUGGUAGACAGCCCUAUCUUUAGGUAUGCCUCUCAAUGGGAAGAGCAGAUUACGUAACAGUGAUUAAGGU